AUGGAAGGCGCUGGCCCCAGUGACGCUCCCGCCACGCACACCCCGGGAUCCACACCCCGAUUUCCCGAGCCAGUGUAUAGGGUGGAAACACCGUACCUGCCAUACCUGCCUGUCAAACCGCCUGCGUAUGAAGACGCAUCUGACUCGGCGUUGCACACGUCUCUCGCCGGGCGUCCCUCGAUGCAUGGGCUAUAUUCGGGUAUCCCCGGAGGGUAUCGACCACUUCGAGAUACGUUAUGA